AUGCUGGAAAUCAUCUUGACUUUGGCAGUACUUGCUUCAACCACCCUGACCAUUUUGCUCUUGUUGUGGCCAAGUCGAUAUGUAAACCACUCUCCGCCAAAGGUUGUAUCCUCAGCAUCCGCAGUAGAUGAACCCAAGAUCUCCGUCCAAGUGCUGGUUCUCGGAGAUAUUGGACGUAGUCCGCGGAUGCAAUAUCAUGCUAUGAGUAUAGCAAAACACGGUGGCAGGGUAGAUGUAAUUGGGUAUCAAGGUCUCCUCGACAAUCCCUUGAUUACAAUCGUCCCCUUACCUCCCCCACCACCCAUCCUGCGCUCGAAAUCCCUCCCCUUCAUCCUCGCAGGACCCCUCAAAGUCAUUUGGCAAAUUUGGAGUCUCUUCCAAACCCUCAGCUACCGCAUAAAGCCUGCACGAUGGCUUCUCGUCCAGAAUCCGCCCUCGAUACCCACCCUUUUCAUCGCAAUCAUAAUAUGUUUCCUCCGAAAUACGCACUUGAUAAUCGACUGGCAUAACUACGGCUGGACAAUACUUGCUGGUACAAGAGGAGCGAAUCAUCCUUUUGUUACCAUCUCGAAAUACUACGAGGCUAUAUUGGGCAGAUACGCGCCGACGGCAUCAUUUACCGUCACAGAUGCGAUGGCGAAACAAUUAAAGAAUCAGCCAUAUAAGAUACGGUCUCCAAUAUUCACACUGCACGAUCGACCAGCUGCCAUCUUCCAGCCUAUUUCAAACCCCGAAGCACGAAAGGCAUUCCUAGGCAGGUUAUCAGAGACGAGCAAGCAAGCAGAUAAUAUAAUGGCAGGGAAAACAAGACUCCUAGUGAGCAGCACAUCCUGGACCCCAGACGAAGAUUUCAAUCUCCUCCUUGAAGCACUUUGCCUCUACUCUUCCAGCUCCGAGCCCCUCCCUCCAAUACUCGCCAUCAUCACAGGCAAAGGGCCCCAAAAGCAAAUGUACCUCGACCGUAUAGCUUCUUUAACACAAGAAGGUAAUUUACCAAACGUCACAAUUUUAUCCGCCUGGCUCAGCACCGAAGAUUACGCCACUUUACUAGCGUGUGCGGAUCUAGGAGUCUGUCUGCAUAUGAGUAGCAGUGGUGUUGAUCUCCCCAUGAAAGUCGUAGAUAUGUUUGGAGCUGGCUUGCCCGUUGUGGGAUAUGGGGACUACGAGAGUUGGUGUGAGCUUGUCAGGGAAGGUGUCAAUGGACGGGGCUUUGUGAAGAGUGCAGACUUGGCGCACGUGUUGAGAGAGUUAUUCAGUGAUAGUGAGGGGAAAGAACUGGCGAGUUUGAGGGAAGGAGCCGUGAGGGAGGGGAGAAGGAGAUGGGAUGAGGAGUGGGAUGCUGUUGCCGGUCGAUUACUUGGACUUUGUGAUUAG